GCUUUCCACAGUAACAGAGCGAUCAAUUUGUGAACGGAUCCAGGCGAAUACAGCGUUGAUUACAUGCUCUGGAUUCACUGGAUAAACGAUGUUUUGUUUAUGGUCUUCAAACCUGUGAAAAUUUAUUAACAGUGUUUAGUUGACUCGACGACUUGUAAAAACAACCCGACAACUAGUAAACAAGACGCAAGGGGAAUCACAACCCCAUCAUACAGCGUGUAAUCACUCAUCAGAUCCAUCUUUUUCGGUCUGACAGGAGCCCAGGUUCGGUUCGGAUGAUCCUGGAGAGCACAGAAUGGCUGGAGCACUAAGGAUGGAUGAUACACAUUAUCAAAUUGGAUUUGUGGUCAAUGAGCCUAUGACGUUUCCUUCAGCCUAUGACGAUCUUCCAUAUAUGCCUGAAGCUUUUGAGGUGAAGCAUGAGCCCUUUGUGCAAGAGACAGUUGAUGGCCCUUACAUACAGAUAAUUGAGGAGCCAAAGCAGAGAGGAUUCAGAUUUCGUUAUGAAUGUGAGGGCCCAUCCCACGGUGGCCUACCAGGGGCCUCCAGUGAAAGGAACAGGAGGACGUAUCCCACUGUCAAGGUGUUAAACUUUGUGGGCAAUGCUCGUGUGGAGGUUCAGCUGGUGACACACACAGACCCUCCACGAGUUCACGCACACAGCCUUGUGGGUCGACACUGUAAUGAAAGCGGGGUCUGCAGUGUUGAUGUCGGGCCUAGUGAUUUCACAGCACAAUUCAGUAACUUAGGCAUCCUGCAUGUCACAAAGAGAGGAGUGGUAGAAGUCUUAACGAAAAGGCUGAAAGAAGAGAAGAGGAAGGUGAAAGGGCCUGGAUAUAAGUUUAGUGAUGCAGAGGAAAAUGCUCUUAUGCAAGAAGCCAAAGAGUUAGGCAAAAACAUGGAUCUGAACAUUGUACGUUUAAAGUUCACUGCCUACCUGCAGGACAGCAAUGGGAGUUACACCAGAGCAUUGAAGCCUGUUGUGUCCAAUCCUAUAUAUGACAGCAAAUCACCAAACGCUUCCAAUCUGAAGAUCUCUCGUAUGGAUAAAACCUCUGGGUCAGUGCUGGGAGGAGAAGAGGUCUUUCUGCUCUGUGAUAAAGUUCAAAAAGAUGAUAUUGACAUCCGCUUUUAUGAGGAGGAAGAUGAAUGGGAGGCAUUAGGAGACUUUUCCCCCACUGAUGUCCACAAACAGUAUGCGAUCGUGUUUAAGACGCCUCCGUACCGCUGCACCAACAUCGAUCGACCUGUCACAGUGUUUCUGCAGCUUAAGAGAAAGAAGGGCGGCGACUGUAGCGAACCAAAGCAGUUCACAUAUGUCCCACACAAUCAAGACAAAGAAGAGGUUCAGAGGAAGAGGAUGAAGGCUCUUCCAGAUCAUUAUGGUGGCUGGCGUGGAGGACCCCAGGGUGGAGCAGGGGGGUUUGGAGGACCUGGAUCUGGAACAGGAGGAGGAGGAGGAAUGGGAGGAGGUUUCCCUUUUAAUCCGAUGGAUAAUUCAAGUUUUUUUGUUGGUGGAUGUGGAGGAUUUGGUGGGGGUGCACAAAUGUCUGACUCCCCUCCUCAAACUGAUGGAGCAAACACACAGUCUCAGUCGAACUCACAAAUACGACAACAGCUCAUUCAGAUUGCUCUACACAAUCGUGCUAAUUUGGCGGCAAAAUGCAAUGCUCGUGCUUUAUUACAGUACAGCAGCACAGGUGAUGCGCGCCCCCUGCUGGCGCUGCAGAGACAUCUGUGUGGAGUGCAAGAUGAGAACGGAGACACGCCUCUUCACUUGGCCAUUAUUCACCAGAAAACUGUUGUGGCGGAACAGCUUAUUAAGGCCUUGAACAGCAGCCCACAGCAGAAGUUCUUUAACAAACUCAACAAGCUCAGUCAGGCUCCUCUGCAUCUGGCUGUGAUCACCAAGCAACCCAAGUUAGUAGAGAUGUUGAUGAAAUCGGGUGCAGACCCGAGUCUGCUGGACCGAGAGGGCCGGACAGUGCUUCACUUGGCCGCACAUACUGGUGAUGAUGUCAUACUAAGACUGGUCCUGAGCCUGCUAGGAGAGCAUCACUCCCAUUUAAUAAACAGUGCUGACUUCACAGGUCAGUAUCCAGUCCAUCUCGCUGUGAAGAAAGAUGGAGAGCGUUGUUUGCGAUUGCUGGUAGAAGCAGGAGCAAAGAUUAACAUGCCAGAGCAGAAAAGUGGCUGCACUGCACUGCACCUGGCAGUGAGGGACAACCUGUUGAAACUGGCCUGUAAUCUCAUCACUGAGCUGAAGGCUGAUGUGAAUGCCUGUACCUACGGGGGCAACAGUCCUCUUCAUUUAGCUGCCAGUCAGGGCUCUCCACAUCUCUGCUCCAUGCUGAUCGCUGCAGGUGCUGAUAAACGCAUAGAGAAUGACGAGCCUCUUUUCCUGAGCUCGUCUUCCUCAGAUGAAGAUGAAGAGAGCGAGAAGAAGCUUUCAGAAGACAUGGUUCAGCAAGUUCACUGCUUGUCGAUAUCAUCCGAGAGAGGAGUGUUUAACCCACGGAAGAGACCUGCUGCUGGACACACUCCCUUUGACCUGGCCAAAUCCCAAAAGGUUAGAGAUUUAUUAGAUGGCAGGAAAGGCCCCAAGCCCAAUUCGCUCAGCCCUAAGAGGACCAAAAUAAGCACAGAAGAAGUGAACCAGGAUUUGGACAACGAGGUGCUGAGCAAGCUGUGUGGGAUUCUAAUUCAUGACGAUGUACCUUGGAGGGAACUGGCUGAAAAACUGGGUAUGCUGACACUCACCCAUCUGUACCAGGACAGCGCUUCACCCUGUCAGAAGCUUCUUGAAAGCUAUCAGUUGAGUGGUGGUCCUGUGGAUGGCCUGGUGGAGGCGCUGCAGGCUCUGGGUGUGAGGGAAGGAGUGAGGCUGCUGAGAGAUAGUCAACCCAGAGAAGACAAACAGAGCUCAGACUCCACAGAGGACAGUGGCUUCGGCAGUCAGUCUAUUGGAGAGGAGAUGGCAAAUCCUGCAGUGGGCAAUCACUGAUCAUCAGUAUCCAUUCAAUAAGGACAACUUAGCACUUUAUUAGUUUACUGGUUCUUCAGGUGCAAACCGUUGGACUGUACAUCAUCUCAAAUAGGAAAUGCAGCACACCAGAGAAAGGAUUAAAAAGAGCAGUUUUGAGGUCAAAAUCUCUCAAUGGUAUUACAUAACAAUAAGACAUGACAGGAAUCGGUUGCUUUAAGAUUCUCAAAUCUCUGCGGUAUGGAGUGAAGCUGCUUUUCUGCAGGCAUUUCAGUGCUUGUAUCUUAUCCCCACAUGAGCAACAAAACCCAUCUGACUUCACGGUAAUUUAACAAUAAUGCGACUGUCGUUUUUUAGCACAGCUGUAACCUUAACAUGUUUGUAGAAUGUACUGAUAUGAAUAAUUCUUGUCAGCUGUCGUUUGAUAUGAUAUGCAAACUUAAGAAUAUUUUCUGAUACAUCUAAAGACUUAUGCUGUUUAUUUAUGUACAUUUUUAUGUUGCAGUUGUGUGUUUCUUGGAUGCAGAAAUAAAUAAGUUUGUUUUAUUAAAGAUAUUUCAUCAUU